GCAGGAGCAGGAGGGGAGAAGAAAGCAAAGAAAAAAGAAAAGAAAAGGGGCAAGAGGAGAGAGACUUACGCGAUGUACAUCUACAAAGUUUUGAAGCAGGUCCACCCCGACACUGGCAUCUCGAGCAAAGCCAUGAGCAUCAUGAACUCCUUCGUGAACGACCUCUUCGAGCGCAUCGCCACGGAGGCGUUGCGCCUGGCGCAGUACAACCAGCGCUCAACCAUCACCAGCCGGGAGGUGCAGACCGCCGUGAGGCUGCUGCUGCCCGGGGAGCUGGCAAAGCACGCCGUGUCCGAGGGGACCAAGGCCGCUUCAACAAUUCGUGACAGACAUCCCAGACGUAAACUCUACUAGACUGAAAG